UCGCGUCUUACAGUCGUAAUGAACUCGAAAUUUGUAAAAUAAUAAGUUAAUUGUUUAUUUGGAGUAACAAAACCAAUAACUAAUAGCUUAUCGUGAAUUUCGUAAAUCUCAUGUAGUAUGUUUUACGAAUGCAUCACUCAUAACAACUAAAUAAGUAAAUACCAAACCAUCGGUGGAAAUUGUGUAUUGAUUAAUUAUCAUUAGAGUAUUAAGAUGGAUAAUCUGAAACAGUUUAACACAAUGGCUUCAGAUGACAAUUGGCGCACGCAAAGCUCGCGACAAGGGAUUGUCGCAAAAAUAGAGGAUGUGAUCCAGAGAUCAGGCAUGCAAGUGGCCAGGAACAGCAGUGAAAUGGAAAACCAUGUGUUCAUGAAGGCUAAGAAUAGAGAGGAAUACAUGAACAUGAUAGCUAAGCUCAUUCUACAUGUGCGAGAGAUGUCACAACCAAAACAAAACCAAGGAGCACCUAACUUACAAGGACCAAAUCAAAAUCAACAGCCCAACAACCAAGUUCAAAAUCAACCUGGCCAGCAACAGCAGGGGCCAAACAGUCAGCCAGGAAUGGCGACAGAUCCCAUUAACGCUCUACAGAACAUGGCGUCCCAGGGCACGAGAAACCAAAUGAUGAACAUGGGCCAGGGACAGAUGCAGCAGCAAGGAGUGAUGGGUCCCAACCCGGGGAUGUCGAUGCAGGGACAAAUAGUGUCCCAAGGAGGACCUCAGUCUCAAACAGCAACUAAUCUGCUGCAGACCUUGAAUCAAAGACCACAAUUGAAUAUGCAGUUGCAGAAUAAGCUUGGAGGACCGAUGGGGAUGGUGCCGAAUCAGGGUCAGAUGGGGAAUAAUAUGGUGGGUGGCAUGACCAUGGGUAAUUCCAUGGCUUCGCAACUCCAGAAUCAGUUGGCAGCUGGUGGUAUGCAGAUGAUACCGAAUAUGUCCAUGUCAAAUAUCAUGCAAGUGCCAAUGUCUGGUGCUAACACUAUGGUUGGACAGAUGCAGUGCAACCAAGUUGUGGGUGGUUCGAGUGGACAGAUGGUACCGAAUUCUAUGCAAGGACAGAUGUCAAAUCAAAUGGGCAUGUCUAACAACCAAAUGGUGAACAUGAACAUGCUUCAAAUGCACGGCAGGGGGCAAGGCAAGCCGGACGUGAUGAUGGGCGCCGGGUACGCCGCUAGGGCUCCGCCCCCGAGCCAGUUCUUGAGGCAGAGCCCUUCGCCGUCCGCAUCUUCGCCCAACAUGGGCGGACCCAGCCCUGUGUCUAUGGGUGGCGGAGUUCUAGGUGGCGCUCUGGCCUCACCCAUGUCGUCGUUAGGAGGCUUGGGCCCGUGCGGGGGCGCGGCCGGGAGCCCCUCGCCCUCUGCCCCCCACAUGGGGCUGCACGCACAGCAGCAACGGGUGAACAUGGGCAUGGUGGCGUCCCCCUCGUCGUCGCUGAACACCCCCGGCGGGGGCGCGGGGGUGGCGUCCCCCGGGGGGGACGAGGCCGCGUACCGCGAGAAGGUGCGCCAGCUGUCCAAGUACAUCGAGCCGCUGCGGCGGAUGGUCAUGCGGAUGGUCAAUGAGGGGGAGAACGUGGAGAAGUUGACAAAAAUGAAGAACCUGCUGGACAUCCUGUCGAACCCCAACAAGCGGAUGCCGCUGGAGACGCUGAUCAAGUGCGAGGUGGUGCUCGAGAAGCUGGACUUCAAGCGGAGCGAGGGGGUCGGCCUGGGCCUGCCGCCAGCUGGGAAGGAACAAAUCUUCAAUCCUCUACUGGAAGUAGUUAACAAUUGCCUCCAGUCGCCGCUCGCGAACCACACGCUAAAGCGCACGUUCGGUUCUACGCUCGACGCACUCAACGGGCCUGAGAUUAAAAACCUUCCGGCACCACAAAAGCUGGCGAAAUACGAGGAGCCACCAGCGGACAUACCUGACGUCCUGCAGGGAGAGAUAGCAAGACUCGACUCUAGGUUCAAAGUGUCCCUCGACCCGCUGCAAGCGCACGGCGUGUCCGGCGCCAUUACGCUAACGGCGCAGCUGGACGACGCCCGCCUGCCGUGCGUGGCGGCGGUGCACGUGUCGGUGCCACGUGACUACCCGGUGUCGGCGCCCGCGAGGCUGCGCCCCCGGGCCGCGAGGGAGAGCCCCCACCCGUUCCUCGCGAGGGUCGAAAGGGCCAUGGACGCGAGGUGUGCAAGAUUACCAAAACGCUGUUCAGUGGGCGAACUCUUAAACGCUUGGGAGAUGAGCGUGAGGCAAGCGUGCGCGCCCGCAGCCGUCACGUACACGCCCGUACCAGCACUGGGACUCUAGAUCCAGACCACGCUGGGUCUAGGCUUGAACCUAGAUUGAAAUUUGCGGUGUUGUGUUUAUGUGAAGUCUAGUGAAGUGUUUAAUGGGAUGGCCUCCCGCGGAUAGUGAUAAAUAUAGUGAAAGAAGUGUAGAUGUAUAGAAAAUUAUUUCAAAGGAAGAUUUUAAGAAGAAAAAAAAGUCUCAUUCAUAAUCAGCAUCAUUACAUAUUUUGCAUUUCCUGUUUUCAAGAAAAAUUUAGUUUUUAUUUUUGAGGUUACAUAUUUUGAUAUUAAUUAAUUUUGACCAAAAUAUGCUUGUGUUUUGUCGUGUUUUUAACAUUAUAACUCAAACGUUAGUAGAACUUUUAAAAUGCAUAUAUGUAGGUUUUUGAACUAAAAAAAAUUUAUUAACAGAAGUAUUUUUAAGAAACAUAGUUCCUCUAAAUUUACCCAGUCAACCCGAAAAUACAAUAAAAAUGUAUGCGGUUUGUAAAAGUAUUACAAAAUGUUAUUAGUUUAAAUUGGGAGUUGUCAUUAAAGAAGAAGUCUCCAGUCUCCCCG